ACGCACAAGACACACUCUAGCCCAAAUAGCAAGCAAACUCUUGCUUUUCCUAUCUUCUUCCUCUUCCUUUUGAUUUUGUCUUCCUCUCUGCAAUGGCGAGAUCAGGGCCUACGAAUCUCAUCGGCUCUAUGGACGAAAUACAAAGAAUAUUCAACAAGUUCGACAAAAACGGCGAUGGAAAGAUCUCGUCCUCAGAGGUUAUAGACAGCCUAGGUGAGCUCGGCACCACAAUAUCAACCGAGGAGGUCCGCUGCAUGAUGCAGGAGUUUGACAAGGACGGGGACGGCUACAUUGACCUCGAUGAGUUUGUCGACUUCAUCCAGAGAGGAGGAACGGACUGCGACGCCGAUGGAAAGACGCAGAGCGGCGAUGGGAACAAGGAGCUGAAGGACGCUUUUGAUUUGUACGAUAUUGACAAAAACGGAUUGAUUUCGGCGAAUGAAUUGCACAAGGUUAUGAGGAUGAUUGGGCUUAAAUGCACGUUGGGCGAUUGUACUAAGAUGAUUCGUCAGGUCGACCAAGACGGCGACGGCAAUGUCAAUUUCGAGGAGUUCAAGAAGAUGAUGACUAACGGAUUACUGUAAGGUACUAAAGAUUAAAACAACGGUUAUUUGGCUUAAUUUGCAUGUGUAGAUACGGCUUUAUUUUGGACCGUUUUAUGGUAGUUCCAGUAUUUUUUCUGCCUUGAAUUCGGGAAAAAACAUGGCAGAAAUAUUAGGGAAAUUAGGAGUAGGAAAAGAACUUGAUUUCCGUACGUAACUGUCGAUACUAUUUCCUUUCUUAUGGACAAUGAAUUUAAUAAUUAUUUAGUUAAA